UCAUAGUUGACGUUUGACAAGUCUUAUUUCUUUUCAACCCAGGCAAGAUGGGUAUCAGCCGCGAUCACUGGCAUAAGCGAAGAGCUACUGGAGGCAAACGUGCCCCCAUCCGAAAGAAGAGGAAGUAUGAGUUAGGUCGCCCGGCUGCCAAUACCAAACUCGGUGCUCAACGUAUUCAUUUAGUCCGUGCCCGAGGUGGAAAUGUGAAAUACCGUGCUUUACGUCUUGAUACCGGAAACUUCGCUUGGGGCUCUGAAUGUGCUACUCGUAAAACUCGUAUCAUUGAUGUUGUAUACAAUGCAUCCAACAAUGAGUUAGUCCGUACCAAGACUCUUGUGAAGAAUGCUAUUGUAGUGGUAGAUGCAACACCCUUCAGACAAUGGUAUGAGUCCCACUACUUGUUGCCACUCGGCAGGAAAAAGGGAGCCAAACUGACUGAGGCAGAAGAAGCCAUUAUAAAUAAAAAGAGAAGCAAGAAAACAGCAAAGAAAUAUGUGUCAAGACAACGUCUUUCCAAAGUUGAAAGUGCACUAGAAGAGCAAUUCCACACAGGUCGUUUGUUAGCAUGUGUCGCGAGUCGACCUGGCCAGUGUGGCAGAGCAGAUGGUUACGUUUUGGAGGGUAAAGAACUCGAGUUCUACCUAAGAAAGAUCAAAUCUAAGAGAGCUAAGUAAGAAGUGAUUAAAUAAAUUUAAAAACUU